GCCAAUAUGAACUGCGUACAGCCCCACCGGCUUACCGACUCUUUCGGGUCGGCUCAAGAUCUGCGCUCGACGGGGCGUACGGGCGUCUUCCUCGAGGAAUCUUCCGUCGCUUCAUCCGCGCCUACCCGGACGACACGGAUGGGGUGCCGUAGAACGCCUACUGUACGACUUCUUCCGGCACGGCGACGUCGUGACCCUAAGUCGGGCCAACGGCAUCAAGAAGGGAGACGUCUGGGCCAGGCUCAAAGACUUCUCGCUGAUACUCGCCAAGAUUGUCACCUGCCUGGCCAAAUGCUUGGAUCUCAGGGCAUCCGCCGUCGACAUGACCGAUGUUCAGAACGCGCAGGGCAGGGUUAUAUUCCCGCGUCGGCUAGCAGAGACAACAGCGCGCUUCCCCUAUCCUGCCCGGCCGUUGGUGGGGCUUCCAACGCUGCCCACUCGGAUGCGUUCCUAAUCGGCCCGCCCAGGGUUCCCGGGACGACGACGACUCCGCCCGACCGGUCGGCUCGUUCAGGCGGAGGGGCCGCUGCCUCCAUCACGGGUUCCGGCCGGGCACGGGGACAGCGCGUGGUGGAAGGCAGCAGCCAGGCAGAGCAUAGGCAAUACGGGACCGGCCCUGUUGCACCAAUGUCCCCCCAGGCCGGCAAUCCCCAGGAGCCUCCCCGCGAGGACCGGCCUGAGGGGAGACGGGCAAGCGACCGAAGACAGUGGUUGGUUGUGGAAUGGCGCCGGUGUGCAGCUUUUCUGGGUGCUCGCAACUGCAGCGCAUGAACGACCUUUGUGUAUGUGCAGAUGCCUAGGAGAGGUUGUUUCGAAUUCCUGCAAAUAUGUAGCAUUAUCAUAUAAUGAAUGUCUCGUGUCAAGCAUA